AUGAACGCCUACAAGAAGAUCUAUAAUUCCAGAAACUCUUCUCGAGCUGAUGAAGUCAAUCAGUCAAAUAAAUUAGCAUCUCCCCCAAGAAGGUCCAGCAAGAAACUAACGUGCUUCGCAAGUGGAAGACCGUUAAGCCUAUCCCACCAUCAUCAUAGAAGAAUUACUGUUAGGGUCAGAAAACCAAGCUAUUUGAGUGCAAAAUACCCUCGUCGGAUUCCGUUUAAAGAUCUCUCUUCGUUUAGAAAAAAAAGUACCAAUAGCAGUCAUCGUCGGAAACUCAAGCAGUUGAGUAAUAGUGACAAAGAAACGGCAAAAAGUAUUGCAGAACUCAACAAGAAGAUUACUGAUCUCACGGUGAAUGAAUGA